AUGUACUUCAACUGCUUCAAACCAAGAAAAAACCCAAGGGAAACAAUUGAAAAGAUGCAAAAUAAAAACAAGAAUAUAAGUAAUAUAGCAGAAAGAUGGAGACUUCUUAGUGGGAAUAACAAUUGGGAAGGCUUAUUAGAUCCACUUGACAAUGAUCUUCGUCGGUACCUCAUUCACUACGGAGAAAUGGUACAAGCAAUUCGAGAUGCCUUCAACAACGACAAGUCAUCAAAGUAUGCUGGAUGUUGCCGAUAUUCUAAGAAGAAUCUCUUCUCUAAAGUGGGGAUUGAGAUAUCGAAUCCAUUCAAGUAUGAGGUAACUAAAUAUAUAUACGCGACAUCAUCUAUACAAGUUCCAGAAGCAUUCAUCAUAAAAUCAUUGUCAGGAGAAGCUUGGAGUAAAGAGUCAAAUUGGAUUGGUUUUGUUGCUGUGGCUACCGAUGAGGGGAAAGUAGUAUUAGGAAGAAGGGAUAUAGUGAUUGCUUGGAGAUCAACUGUUGUCGCUAUGGAAUGGUUUAAUGAUUUUGAAUUUAUUCGCGUCUCAGCCCCAAUAAUAUUUGGUGAAAAAUCGGAUCCUAAAGUUCAUCACGGUUGGUAUUCUAUGUAUACUUCAAAUGAUCCACGAUCACUAUUCAAUAAGGCCAGUGCUAGAGAUCAGGUACUUGGAGAAGUUCAAAGAUUGGUGGAACAAUAUAAGAAGGAGGAGGUUACCAUAACAGUAACAGGGCAUAGCAUGGGGGCAUCCAUCGCGACAUUAAAUGCAGUAGAUAUAGUUUUCAAUAAAAUUAACAAGGGAUUUCCAGUCACGGCAUUUCUAUUUGCAAGUCCUAGAGUGGGAGAUGAAAACUUCAAAAAGACUUUCUCAGAACUCGAAAAUCAGCUUCGAGCUCUGAGAGUCCGAAAUAUGCCAGAUAUAAUUCCACAUUAUCCAUUUAUUGGCUACUCAGAUGUUGGUGUCGAAUUAAGCAUCGACACUAGAAAUUCGGGCUAUCUAAAAAGUCCUGGAGACUAUUGGACAUGGCAUAACUUGGAAUGUUACUUGCAUGGAGUUGCUGGAACACAAGGAUCAAAAGAAGGGUUCAAGCUAGAAGUGGAACGCGAUGUCUCACUUGUUAACAAGCAUAUGGACACGUUAAAAGAUGAAUAUGGUGUACCUAUUUCAUGGUGGGUUGUGGAGAACAAAGGGAUGGUUCAACAACAAAAUGGAUCUUGGAUUCUCAUGGAUCAUGAAGAUGAAGAUAAUGAUUUUUAAUUCUUUUACAA